AUGUUCUUAUUUUUUGAAGCGAAUUUCUCAGACAGCCUUUCUCUUCCUCCUUUCUUUCAGCCUUUCUUUCAGCCUUUCUUUCUUUCUUUUUCUUUCUUUCAGCCUUUCUUUCUUUUUCUUUCUUUCAGCCUUUCUUUCUUUCUUUCUUUCAGCCUUUCUUUCAGCCUGUCUUUCUUUCAGCCUGUCUUUCUUUCUUUUUUAUUUCUUUCAGCCUUUCUUUCUUUCUUUCUUUCUCUCUUUCUUUCUUUCUUUGAGCCUUUCUUUCUUUUUUCAGCCUUUCUUUCAGCCAUUCAGACUUUCUUUCUUUUUUCUUUCUUUCUUACAGCCUUUUUUUCUUUCAGCGUUUCUUUCAGACUUUCAGACUUUCUUUCUUUUUUCUUUCUUUCUUACAGCCUUUCUUUCUUUCAGCCUUUUUUUCACCCUUUCUUUCUUUCUUCAUCUGAAGACGAUCUGUUCGACUUCCUCUUCUUUGUUGUCUUUCUUUUUUCUUUUUCUCUCACCUCUGUACUUAAAAUCCUGGACUGCUUAUCGCUUUAG